AUGCAGCAGCUACAACAACAAGAAAGAAGUCAACAUGGUGAACCGCUGGUAGGUGAGGUUGCCCCUCCUCUCCUGGUUAUGGGAGAAGAUAGGAGACAAGUGGUGAAUCAUCCUCACAGGUACGUGUUCACCAAUGGCUCAGGGGACAAUAAUGGUUUGGUUACCCUUGAUAAAAUUUGGCAGUCCGACAAUGUGCUUCUGACGAUACCGAAACUAAAAGAUUUGUGCUUGUCCUAUGCGCUAUUCAAGUUGAUGAGGUGCCGGUUCGCAAGGUACAAGAUUUCUGAUGUUGACUCUGUGAGGAUGCUGGCAUUUUCCCGUAGCUUGCUGCUAAUGGAGGGUGGACAUGAUAGGGUAUUCAGGGUGAUUGCAGAUGAGCUUUGUUUUGUUCAUGAUUACUAUUAUCCAUCCUCCUCAAUAUCCUAUGCAAUGAAAGCUCAGCAUCAGAGAGGCCAACUCACACAGAUCGAAUGUCAUUUCUGGUGCACUCAACUACUGGCGGCAAGCAAAAGAAGGCAUAAAAACUUUGGAAGCUUGUACGUUGAUUUGGUGGUGGUAUUUUUGCUUCUUGCUUUGGUCCUUUCUACUGAGCGAUGGGGUGCAUCUAAUCACAACAGAACAGCAUCUCUACACCGGAUCCACGUUGGUGACAGAUUCAUCAGGGCCUGCAAUGGCAAGGGUACUGCUGAUAUCAUACUUACGUGGCACAUCGCCACAUGCAUCCUUGAGGUGAGGCAUCCUUACCGGCAUGAUAUGGUGGAAGAUUCUUCAUUGGUUGCUCAUCAACACAAGAUUGUUGCCACUCAUCUAUCACGGUACUGCGCGUACCUUAUGACUUGGUUCCCGGAGAUUCUUCCUGAUGAGGUUGAAUGGAGCAAGACCUUGUAUGAUGCUGUGCACCAAGAUGCGACACGUGUCAUCUCUGUCCGGGCUGCGACCAGCUUGCAGUUGGCACCUGAGGCUGAGUACCUGGAGCUAGUGCAGUUGCUAAGUGAAGGCUCCAGGCAUGAGGUGUUGCAGAAUGGAGUGAGGCUUGGAAAACAGUUGGUUGAGGAAUUGAAUGAAGCCGAGGAAACGGCAUGGGCAAUGUUGGCAGACUUCUGGGUAGAGAUGAUUCUGUAUGGGGUCGCGCCUUCGAACAAUCUGAGAGGGCACUCCAAGGCCAUCGCCCGUGGUGGAGAGGUGAUCACCCUCCUCUGGGCAUUGCUCUUCCAUGUUGGGAUAGUGAGUAGGCCGGGAGAAACCGGCAGAGCAGCUAUCGCUGCUAGUGUUUGA